CUGCUUUGAAAUCGGACUCAACUCGAACCCGGCCUAUGCUCUCUCUUGGCUGCUCGCUGAAGCUCCGCUACUCGGCCCGGUGAUUUUAGUGGCUUGCGACAGGCGGACACGGUCGGGUCACUAAAAAAACGCGGCCGGUGGGCGGCGCAAGUUUGCUGGUGGCGCGUGCGUUUUCCAUACCAUUUUCUCCCGCUUUAGCCAAAGCUCAGCUCCAAUUCCCGUCGACGCUCUCGACCUCACGGCAUACCGACACGGCCCUUCCAAUCCGCCCCAACAGCACGCACACCCAACGCCGCCUACCUUGUCGAGAGCGGGGUCCGGCACCGGUCUGAGAAUUGAUCGCAUAGGUCCGCAUCGUGCGUUGAUGAGGGGCUUGUUCCCGCCCAGGCUGCUCGUUCAGCAACACGCACCAUAACAUCGCAACCCCCCUACACCACAACCACCGCCAUCAUGUCACAAACCGUCGGACUUACCCGGCUAGCCUACUCGCGCGCAUGGCACCACAUCUCGGCGUCGACGCCGCACCCGACGCUCAGCACCAUCAAGGCGCCGCCCGAGGCCGUCACGCCGCCGUCGCUGGGGCGGAUGGCGUCGCGGAUCGCCAUGAUCCUGAUGGGCAAGCACAAGCCCAUCUGGGACCCGUCGACCGACUGCGGCGACUACGUGGUCGUGACGGACUGUGCGGCGUUGUACACGACGGGGCUCAAGAAGUGGCGCAAGACGUACUACCGCCACAACACGCGCCCGGGCUCCCUGCAGGCCAUCACCAUGGACGUGCUGAUGGAGAAGCACGGCGGCGCCGAGGUCCUGCGCAAGGCCGUCAGCGGCAUGCUGCCUAAGAACCGCCUGCGCGACAAGCGCCUGGCGCGCCUCAAGGCCUUCGAGGGCCCCGCCCAUCCUUACAAGCUAAACCUAGUGCGGUUCGGCGGCACCGUGGUCGGGGAGACUAACUGGGAGGGUGCGGUGCAGGCUAUCCGGGAGGCCGACAUGGCGAGGAUAUAAGGCGGCUUGUGUGUGUUUGUGUGUGUUUGUGUGUGUGUAUGUGAAGAUAAGAAAUGACUAAGGGUGGGAGGGUUCAUAUGGCAGGUAUUCCCUGUUAUUAAAGCCUAUCUACAGGCGAAUUCGAGGAAUAGGUAAAACGCCGGUCCCAAGGACGCUGUAACCUGAAGAGAGCCAUCCACUAGCUCCAUGUUGUGUAUCUAUCCGGCUGGCUAGGCGUUGUGGAAUUGGCCAACUGCCGUUGUAUCAAAAAAAAAAACAAUAAACAUCUCGCGUGCAUCAUUGCGACCCGUCU